CGUAAGGCCAUUUUUAAUUUUGUUUAAAAGAGAGCUUGCCACGAUGCCCAAGCAACAUCCAUGCAACUGCAACUUGAAAAACACAGUUUGACCCCCUAAACAGCUAGGGCAUUGCUCUGUACUGAGUUAAACCAGCUGAUGAGACGCUGAGGCUGUCACGAAAGCCAAACAAGCUUUACUCGCGCGCGAGGCACCGGUAGUCCAGGACGGCUUUUCCUUGCGGCUAGAAGAGAUGACGAUGCUUUUACAAUGUAAGAGGAUACGUAAGAAUGCUGUGUGCGCAACGUCUGGCUCUCCAAUAACAGCCGGCGAGUAUGCCGUGAGCAUCGUUGCCGGUGGCCAGCGCGGAGGCACGACAACCUAUUAUGAACCUGGCGCUUUCCUCCAGUCACUGUCCAUUGCCCUCGCUCGGAACGUGCCUGCCUUUUCCCCUCUCUUCAACGGCAACAUUAGCGACACAGGUUCAGCCGCGACACCUCAGCGCGUCGCUCGCCGCACUCGCAACCGCAGCAUCUCCGCCGCAAACACCGUUACAACGCUGCAAAUCCCGAAAUGCGCGGCAUCUGGCGCUACGCUGCACCCCGACGACGUAGUCCUGCUGCUGCCAGCAACGGCAGUAGCAUCUGCACCCACAACAGCAUCAGUCGGUGGAAGCAGCAACGAGCAUGCGACAGCAUUGCCGGUUAAACUGUCGGCCGGUCUGGCAUUACUAAAGCCGGUUUUACGUACAGUAGGGCUGGGAGCUACCUCCGAAGCAUUGCUAGGUAUUCGCGGUUUGGACGAGCUACCGGAAUCUCAUCGUACGGCGGCUCGGACCGCAUUACUCCAGGCGGGAACGGCCACAGCAUCGGCACUCGCUGACGAAGGCGAUACCGGUGAUAAUGAAAGCGGAAGUGAUAGCCCGGAGUGCGAUGAGGACGCUGACGACAACUUCAGUCCCGGCGGCGGCUACAGCGCCGCCGCUGCCGUAUCCGACGCAAGCGUGCUCUUGGACGGCGGCGGCGGCGCCACACGGCGCGUGCCAUUGCCGCCGCCGGUAAAGUCAGCGGCUGCGGGCGAGGCUCGAGCUGUGAAGAAGGCGGGAGCAGGCAGGCCGCCGUUGCCGCCGCGGCGCAGCACGCGACAUGGCAAGGGAGCGGACGGGGAUCAGGCGGCGGCGGCGGCAGAUAUCCCUGUUGCGACAGCAGGCCCCAGUGGCGCGGUGAAGGAAGCCAGCCGUAAGGAUAGCAGCAGCGGCUUCGGCGGCAGUCAACACUCAGCUGUUGCUGCUGCGGCGGCGGCGGCAGCGCCGAAACCACCAACGGCGGCGGCGGAGGAUCGGGAUGUGGUUGAAGAUCUGGAUCGCGAAAGAGCCGAAAUUAUGGAGCGCAACCGGCGGAUGCUGAUGGAGUUGCAGCUGCCGGGGCUGGUGGCGGAGUUACGAGCCGCGACAAAAGCGGGCAGCGCCGGCGGCGGCAGGAGCGAUGGGUCGGUGGGUCACCAGCACCAGCGGCGGCAAGCAAGCCAACGCGGAGUCGGCUCAAAGCGGUCCCGCGAGGGGUCCCAGGAGGAUGCUCCCCCGCCGCGCCGCAUGUCACUGCGACAGCGGGGCGUCAAGGCAGACAGUGCGCUGUCUGCAGGGAUCGAUGUGGAGACCGCUGCCGGGGUGCAGCUGGUGGCGGGCAGGCAGGCGGCGGAGGCAGCGGCGCUGGGAGGCGAUGCGGCGACGGGGGAGAAGUUCAGGCAUCCGCAGGGUGAGCUGCCUUUCCGAAGUGACAAUGGAACAGAGGACAGCGAUGCCGCCUUCCUAGAGCUCCUCAAGACAGCGGCGGCGGUGGGAGGGUCGUCUUCGUCGCCGUCAGCAGCAGCUGCAGGCGAGAAGACAGGAAGCGCUGACGAGAAGGCAGAUGAGGAGGGCAAGGAGCGACCCAUGGGUCACUUGAAGGGGCACCGCGGUGCGGCAGGUACGGCGCUGGCCGGCCUUCACCUGGCAGAGCGGGAUGUGGCCAAGGUGACCAAGGACGGCAUCACGCACCUCUGCUGGCUGCCCGGCAGCGAGCGGCUGCUGCUGGCUGCGUGCGACAAGGCGGGCAAGGUCUCGCUGUGGGAUGUGGAUGUGGCGGAGGAAUCAGCGGCGGCUGAGACUGAUGGUGUGUUCAUGUUCACUCCGCACGGCGAGUACGUGAGUGGCAUGCGGUGGCUGGGUCGCGGGGCGGCGGUGGGGCCGAGCCGCCUCAUCACGGCAUCAUACGACGGAUCCCUCAGGGCUCUAGACCUAGGCGGCGCGGGCACCUGGCUGCAGCUGCCGGCCCCGGGUGACCCACGGGACGGUGCCGAGUUCUCGGCGCUGGAGGUGACGUCGGACGGUCGUACCGCCUUCCUGGGCGACCCAUUGGGCAAUGUGGAGGUGGUGGACCUCCGGGCGCCGCCGCCGCCGUCGUCUCGGACCCGCCAGCAGCAGCAUCAACUGCCGCCACAGCAGCAGCAGGAGCAGCAGGCGCAGAAGGAGGAGCCGGUGGGACCGAUCGGUGGUCUGCACCUUUGCGACAGGAAGAUCAACUCGCUGCACUUGGAGCCCUGUCGGGAGCACCUGCUGGCCUCCAGCUGCUCCGAUGGGAGUGUGUGCGUGUGGGACGUGAGGCGCCUGGGCAGCACCGCGGCGGCAGCGAGGGCCGGCCGGGGCGGCGGCAGUCGGGGGGACCAGCAGCGGCUUGGCGGGGGGCACCGGGGCUUGAAGCCGCUGAGCGAGUUGCGGCACGGGAAAAGCUGCCAUGCGGCGUAUUGGGCGGGAGAUGGAUCCAUGCGGUUGCUGUCCACCUCGUACGAUGACACGCUGCGAGUGUGGGCGGACACCUCCUCCGCCGCUACCUCAGCUGCGGCGGGCGGCGCAGGGGGGCACAUGCAGCAGGUGCUGUCCAUACCUCAUAACAACCAGACCGGGCGCUGGAUCACGCCCUUCAGGGCCGUGUGGGGUUCCUCCUACGAUGCAAUCCUCGUGGGAAACAUGCGGCGGGGGUUGGACGUGAUUUCCGCGCCACUUCUUUCGGACGCGGCGGGUGCCGGGGAAUCAGGGCGUGAUGCCUCUCAGCCGCAGGGACACAAGAAGCAAGGUCAUGGAGCAGCCAAGGGUGCAGCAGCAGGCGAGCAUGUUGGGCAGCUGCUGCGCACCCUCACCUCCGACUUCAUGACCGCCAUCCCCAGCCGCGCCGCCUGCCACCCCAGCCUGCCGGUGCUGGUGGCCGCCACUAGCAGCGGCCGCUGCCAUGUGUGGCGGUGAGGGGGGGGUGAGGGUGAGGGCGAGGACGAGGGUGAGGGCGGAGGUGAGGGUGAGGACGAGGGUGAGGGCGGUGGGUGAGGGUGAGGACGAGGGUGAGGAGCGGAGGUGAGGACGAGGGCGAGGACGAGGGUGAGGACGAGGGUGAGGACGAGGGCGAGGGUGAGGACGAGGGUAAGGACGAGGGUGAGGACGAGGGCGAGGACGAGGGUGAGGACGAGGGCGAGGGUGAGGGUGAGGACGAGGGUAAGGACGAGGGUGAGGACGAGGGCGAGGACGAGGGUGAGGGCGGAGGUGAGGGCGCGCGUUGAGCUGCCGGUGGGGACGAGGGUGCGGCCGAAGCCGGCUGGGGCGGUGGGUAGGCUUGCCGAGUACGAAUGGUAGAGGGGUGCGGGAGAGAUGAAUGGUGCUGUUGUUUGGAAAGCACCCAUGCCUAGAUAAUCCUCGGUAAUCGAAGGGAGGGAGAGAGAGGUAUUCGAAGGGAAGGGGACGUGGUUGGAUUCCGGAGAUCAUCGCGAAUGCACUGUCCGACACGCAAGUGUGCCAGAGCCCAUGCUGAGUGCUGACUGGUGAGGAGGAGGCGGGGGCGACUGCGGGACGAACGCAACAAAAUGAUGAGGGGAUUCCAUGUUUCCAUGGGCCUUCUCAUGGGAACAAGGGAGUAACAAGGACGAAUGUGUGUUUGCCUCGGUGCUCCAUACGCUUGUUGUGCGUUGGCCCCGGAGGAAUCAGCCUAGAAGGAGCGCUUGCGUGUUUUCCCGCCGGGAAUAUGGACGUCCAUUCUAUAAGGAGCCACAAGGAAGCGCCCCUUGUGUUCACGUUCGGCGGAGUGGUGGCGCCAGGAGCUGCGCGGCUUUCAAAGGGCGUUCGGGUAAUACCGUACCGUACGGUCGCAUUCACACCGUUAUUAGGAUGUGCUCGAUCCGGGAGGG